UAUUAGCUAAAUGUUGAAUAUGAAGUACUUUGUUUACAGUUCACCUUUCUUUGAUAAGAGUAUUUGAGUUACUUGCUAUUUAGACAGACAUAGAUUCAGUGCGUUGGGAAGUCCCAGUUGUUUGAAUAAAUCUCACGUUAGAUUAGCUGGCUAACGCUAGCUAGCUGCCUAGCUAUAUCUGGCAAGUUGGGCAAGGAUUUCGAGGAGGUAAGACGACACAGAAAUUACAUCCCAGUCUUUGCAGAUGCCAUCUAACCUUUGACCCUUGGACCUUACACCCUAAGUCCUUGCUCUAUGACUUGCUGUGAGGCGAUGUCUGCUGUGAACAUCACCAGAGACAUCCUGCACAGGCAGAUCAGGGACAAGAGAGCAUUGGGUUUCGAAAGGCAGUAUCAUGUGACAGACCCCUUCAUCAACCGCCUGGGACUGGAGGCAGAGCUACAGGGCCACACCGGCUGUGUCAACUGCCUGGAAUGGAACGAGCGGGGAGAUCUUUUGGCAUCUGGCUCAGACGACCAGCACUGCAUUAUCUGGGACCCCUUCAGACACAAGAAGCUCACGACUAUGCACACAGGACAUGCAGCCAACAUCUUCUCUGUGAAGUUUCUCCCUCACUCAGGCGACCGCAUCUUAGUGACGGGCGCGGCAGACACAAAGGUCCAUGUGCACGACGUGUCGGUCAAGGAGACCAUCCACAUGUUCUCCGACCACACCAACCGUGUCAAGCGCAUCGCCACGGCCCCCAUGUGGCCCAACACCUUCUGGAGCGCCGCAGAGGACGGCAUCAUCAGGCAGUACGACCUGAGAGAGAACAGCAAGCGCUCAGAGGUGCUCAUCGACCUGACGGAGUACUGCGGUCAACUAGUGGAGGCCAAGUGUUUAGCUGUCAACCCCCAAAAUAACAACUACCUAGCAGUUGGCGCCAACGGACCCUUUGUUCGCCUCUACGACAUGCGCAUGAUCCACAAUCACAGGAAGUCUAUGGGUCAGAGCACAUCGGCCGGGGUGCACACAUUCUGUGACAGACAGAAGCCCAUUCCAGACGGAGCGGGCCAGUAUUAUGUUGCAGGGCACCUGCCAGUGAAGCUCCCCGACUACAACAACCGCUUGAGGGUCCUGGUGGCCACCUACGUCACCUUCAGCCCUGACGGCACCGAGCUGCUGGUUAACAUGGGUGGUGAACAGGUGUAUCUUUUUGACCUGACGUUCAAACAGAAGCCAUACACCUAUCUGCUUCCGAAGAAGUGCCAGUCUACAUCAGAUGUUCAGAAUGGGAAGACGACCAACGGCCUGUCAAAUGGGAUACACUUGCCUGCCAGCCGACUGCGUUUAACGGAAAGCAAGGUCUUCUCUGGGUCGAUUGAGCUGCCGCCUCACUUGGAGCGGAUCAAGCAGCAGGCCAAUGACGCGUUUGCGCGACAGCAGUGGACUCAGGCCAUCCAGCUUUACAGCCUGGGGAUCCACGAAGCUGGCCGCAACGCCAUGCUGUAUGGGAACCGUGCCGCCGCCUACAUGAAGCGCAAGUGGGACGGGGACCACUACGACGCGCUGAGGGACUGUCUGAAGGCCCUGUCUCUGAACCCCGGCCACCUGAAGGCCCACUUCCGGUUGGUGCGCUGCCUCUUUGAGCUGAAGUAUGUGGCCGAGGCUCUGGAGUGCCUGGACGACUUCAGAGGCAAGUUCCCUGAGCAAGCCCACAGCACCGCCUGCGAGGCCCUGGAUAAGGACAUCAAGGCGGCCCUCUUUGCCAAGAACGACUCCGCGGAGGACAAGAAGGGCAACAGCUCGAUCCGCUUCCACACGUUCAAUCGUAAGGAGUCCAUACCGGAGGACGAGGUGGUGCUGAGAGAGCGGAGCUACGACUACAAACACCGCUACUGUGGCCACUGCAACACCACCACGGACAUCAAAGAGGCCAACUUCUUCGGCAGUAAAGGCCAGUACAUUGUGAGUGGAUCUGAUGACGGCUCGUUCUUUAUCUGGGAGAAGGAGACUGCCAACCUGGUGCGGAUACUCCAGGGAGACGAGUCCAUAGUGAACUGCCUGCAGCCUCACCCCAGUUACUGCUUCCUGGCCACCAGCGGCAUUGACCCCGUGGUGCGGCUCUGGAACCCCAGGCCAGAGACGGAGAGUGAGAGCGGGAACGGCCGCGUGGUGGAGGACAUGGAGGGCGCGGCCGCCGCCAACCAGCGGCGCAUGAAUGCCGACCCCCUGGAGGUGAUGCUCCUCAACAUGGGCUACCGCAUUACCGGCCUCAGUGGCCACGGCCCCGACGGCUCCGACGAGGAGGACAGCUCCGACGGGCAGGUGCAGUGUCGGCCCAGCUAGGCUAGCACCCUCACGUGCCACAUUUACUCUGGAGGCAGCAGGACCCCCUCCGAAACCCUAAGGCUCUGUGUGUGUGUGUGUGUGUGUGUGUGUAUGUGCGUGUGUGUACCUGUGUCUUUGAGGAGGGGAACAAAGCACUGCAGAUGUUCCGUUUGUCAUCCUUCACCCCUCGAAAAUGAAAAGCAACAUCGAGAGAAUGUCAUGUCACACCUCAGCACUAUGCACCACCCCCCCGCCCCACAUCCCCAAAGCGGAUUGGAAGAGACCCGUUGGGGGAGUGGAUUCCAUGGGUGUGACAACCAUGACCGUUCACCCCUUUCACAACACCAACAACAUUACCUCAGCCUUUUCCUUCAUUGCUCCUGGACUUUCUAGGCCUUUACGGAAUGGAAGAAGAGGGCACCUCAUCACCCUACAAUCUCUCACUAUGAAUGAGGAAUCGACCAUUUCUAGGCCCUCUUCAGGAAGGAGCACAUUGGAGGGAAACACUAGAAGCAGAGACCUGCAGACAGGUCAGAGGUUAGAGGUCGAGGCCCUAAUAGUCGGUGUCCUUAACGGAGGAUGAGAUUUGAGGCUACAGGAUGUUGCCUGGUUUCAUCUGUAGUGGGCUUUUCCGUUGGAGUACGAGGGGUCACUCAGUCCCGCUCCAACUGAGAAAGUCUCUUCGAUUUAUGAAAUCGAACUUGAUCCUUGUCAGAAUUUUGGUCAACAGGAAGCCUGCACAAGGAGGCUUGGUGUGUUCCUCAAAAUCAAGUGAAAUGUGUCGAUAGAAGGUGUGGCACUUUGUUUCUUUUAAAACCUGUCAGGUUGAAAAAAAAUUGUUUCUCUUGUUAGGUUAUUCAUUUGUUAAAAGUUUUGAAAAUAAGUAAAUGGCCAAGGAUCUAUGUUGCAUUCGGCUUUGUCUGUUAUCAUUGAGAAGUUAAUGUUAGGGCUUUAUUUGCCUCUUUUUAUUGACAGGUAUGCAAAAUAUUUCCCUUUUACUUUUAAUAUAGAUUAAGAUAAACCUGUCAAGCUGAUGCAAGUAGCUGUUUUUGAGAGCGAAGCCUAUGUACGUUGUUGGAUCCUCAUGUUUUGUCCAACACUUGAACAGUUGUUUCUGUCAUUGGUUAAAUGCGUUGUAGAGACGGGUGAUUCUGAAGACAGAAUGUGGGUUUGGUUUAGGGUUCUUGAUUUCUGUCAUGGUGUUGAUAGGUCUGAAAAGCAAUUUCAAAGAUUGUUGUAUUAAACUUAAUUCUGGAAAUGGAAAUUCUUGGAACAGAAAUCCUGGUAGAUGCCUGGAUUUAGGAUUGAAUAAGGAAUCCUUCAACCAGUAUUUGUGGAUGAGCAUAGUGGGAAGGGGUUGGAGAGAGAAGGAUAUUUCACUUCAAAGGACAUCCAGCCGUCCUAACAUCACUCAUGCAUGGCAUGGAGACGACUUCAUAGACAUGAUCCCUUUUGGUGGUGUUUUCGGUGAACGGGACCCACACAUGAUCUUCUUAAAACUGUUUUAGGUGGGAAGGAUGGAAUGGAGUCGUUUCCCUUUUGGUAGCAUCAGUCCUCUGCUGCAGCUAGAGUCUUUUGCUUCUAAAGUUAAACAAAGUUUGUCUAAAAGUAACAUGGUGAAGGGCAAGUUUUGGACAACCAUCCGCUCUGUCCCCCUCUGACCAGCAAACCUUCAGCUCACUGACAACAUGAUGUGAGCUUUAAGUAGCCUAAACCUAAAGGAUGGAGUCCUCAAACAUAGGCUUCCAUGUGUAUUUUCUUUGUUAAAAGUAAUUUAAGAAAUGCUUUGUUAUUUUUUCUUGGAGAUGAAUCCAGUGACAAAGUUUGCUUCAAGAGAAAAAUAAAAGAGGACUAACAUUGUUAAA